AUGGAGCUGCUGGCCUGGCAGUGGCGCCCCAGGGCGACGCUCACGGCGGCAGACUCGUGCGAUAGGUGUACUGUGUUUGCCUUGCAGUACAGCGAUUGCGCCGUGCUCCGCGUGCGCUGGAAGUCCGAGUGUUCGCCCGAGACAGACGGAUACGCAGAGCCUCAAGUUGAUUCGGAGCCGCUGGAUCGCGAUCUGGAGCUGCACGGCCACGCAGAGCGCGUCGUCAGCAUUAAAAUAUACGACAGAGAUUGCUCGACUCUGAUGUUAUGCUCUGCGUCCCGAGACUGCGUCAUUGUGUGGCAUGUUACGGGGAGCUCGCGCGUGACGCAAUGCGUUCUGGUGGAGAACUUGCCUGCCGAACCAGGAUGGGUAGCUUUUGAUGCUACAGGUACAUUAGCGGCAGUGGCGAGUGAACGGGACGUCAAAGUUUUCGUCAUCGAGCGGAAAGAGGUGCUGGUCAUGCUGGAAGGACACCUGGCACGCGUGACGAAAGGAGAGUUUCAUCCGAUCCAGCACCACUUGAUGGUAACUGCUUCUGAAGAUCGGACGUUCAAGGUUUGGGACCUAGCUGCAAGAACGUUGUGGUUUCAAUCCGCUGUACUCUCAGCUUUCUCGAUUCUUUCAAUCGCGCUAAACCCCGUCAAUGGAGAUGCCGCUUUGGGGUUUGCCGACGGAUCGGUCAAGGUAUUUGCGCUCUUGGACGGCUAUGCGAAAGAGCUCACCGCAUUCAAUGUUGAGAACUUUGUGCGCAAGUCACUGCGUCGAAAGCAGGAAGCCGAAGUAGAGACGCGUCGAAAUUUGCCUCAAGUAAUCAGUUCUCUUCCUCCAUGGGCACGAAGUGAAAACGCACAAAAAUGUUCAGCUGCUGCUGGUGUACCUACGAGUUACGGAUCUGCUGCCGGCCUUGACGCACCCGAUGAAGACCAGGUCAACACAGAAGUUUCUUGUCCAGUUUUAUCGAUGAAGUACGUUUGUGUCGAUCGCAGAGAUGUCAGGCCUUCCAGACCCUCUCCAGAAGUCCUGUUUAACAGCCACCACAAUCGCGACUUACUGGACUACAACCAGUUUCUCAUUGCUGGCGUCCCGGGUUAUCUUCUGAGCGUGAAUGCAUACUCCUUCGAUAUCGGGAUUGUCCAUGACUUCCAGCAACCUUGCGUGGUAAGAAACGGCGUUCAGCAGCAGCUUGAUCCGAUUUGUGUGGCGAAGGACUUCAGCUUCUACCAUCCGCCAGGUUCGAGCACUCUCCAGUGUGGUGUGGUGAGCGCAUUCCAGCCGUGUUUUACGAUGCUAAGUGCUUCAAUCGCAGCCAGCAGCCCCCAAACAGGUAAUCAAGCGGAAGCGAGGACACCAUGUGACUACCCGAUGUCUCAAGAGCGAAGAUUUUCGGACGAAAGCAACGAGUGGGUGUCCAUAAUACCUAAAGGCCCACCGCUAAGGGAUAGCGUGUUGAAUAUGGCACCACUUUCAGCAAGGAAAACUCCGCCAAAAGGUGCUAAGAACCUGGACAAGCCCAUCACUUUUCAUACUCGAAUCAAGUCUUCUGGGUACGGAUCCUCGGCAACCCCCUUCGGUUCAAGACGAACACCGCCAAAAUCGCGCAUGAUGGCACGCAAGCCCAACUCUGGAUCCCGAUCGAAGGGUACUGAUUCGUCUACAUCGGUCGGUUCUUACUUGAAAGAAUACCCGAUGAACUGCGGUCUACUGCAACACUACCAGUCAAAGAAUACGCUACCACCAAAGACAUUGCACCAAGGAGCGAUCUUGCACAUCGAGUAUUCGAGUGAUGCCAAGUGGCUUGCAACAAGUGGCAACGACCGCGUAGCCCAAGCCUGCAAGUUACCAUUCAGCCGAUUUGGAGGUGAAGGCAACGUGUUUGUCGGCCAUGACCAAGCAGUGCGUGCCAUUCACUGGAGUCAAAACGAUCGGAUGCUCGUGACUGUCGGCAGUGACAGAACGAGUCGUUUGUGGCUUGCUGAGAGUGAUUCAUGCUCACUCACACUUCAGGGCAUCGCCCCACCCUCGAAUGUCGCCGCCGCUGCUGCCGCCAUGGGGUCGAUGUCCAGCGCCAAGAAAACAACACGGCAAGAGGUUGUGGAGGCGCGCUUCUUCUACAUGGACAAGUUUCUGCUAUCGGCAUGUGGAAACCUCGUGCGGUUGCACCAGUUCGAGCUGGAUGAAGCGUUCGCUCGAGCUUCAAGCAGCAAGGCAAAGCCUGUCAAGAAGAAGAACGAUGUUGAAGUCCUCAAGAACCGGAGUCGCAAGAAGCGCGUUGCUCAAUGGAGCUUCGACGAUAUGCAGAGCGUGACCAGCCUCGCCUGCGUGAACGGAGCCUUCCUGUCGUCCGUGGCGGUACUUGCGGGCUCGGACCGAUCGCUGCGGGUCCUGGACGUCGGUGCCGGUGGUGGAGGGCGCACUGUCCGCGUGGUGCGUGACGCACACAGUCGUGCCGCACACACAGUAGCACUGCCUCGACCAACAUGUUACGCUAGCCAUCCGAGCAACUUUUACGACCUCAUGCUGAGCAGCGCGCCUGACAGCACCACGCACUUGUGGGAUAUUCGAGCCGACAACUGCGUCAUGCGCUUCUGCGAGCAUGUCAACCGCGUACAUACUCUGGGCGUUGCUUUCAGUCCAUGCAUGCGGUACGUGGCCACGGGGUCUGAAGACCGGGCUGCCUACAUAUACGACGUUCGCACAGGCCGUCGGCUUGUCAAGCUCAAAGGGCACACUGACGUGGUCACAAGUGUUGCGUUCAACCCCCUCCAUCCCCAGCUAGCAACAACUUCAACCGAUGGUACGGUGAGAUUUUACAGCAGUGAACGAUCGGACUGA